CUCCAACCUCCUCAUUUUCGGCGGCUGUUCGUCCAUUCUGCUCGCUGAGUGUCUUCAAUUCUGCCCUUCUCCGUCCCUGACGGAGCUGGUCAUCAUCCCCGUUGCAUAGACUAACCAAUCUGUCUAGCAAUACACCACAUCGUGCGAUCCACAUUCCAACCAUCUACCAUCUACAUAGUCCACCGACCGAUCGGAAUCCAGAUAAGAACCAUAAACUCGAUCUCACACUGACAACCUCGAUAAAGAGUCCCGUCUAGAGCUCCAAGCUCUUGACGGCUCUCCAACUCCAACAACCAUGCCUCCCAUCCACCCCUCUGCCACGCUCCUCCCCGCCAGCACCCAAACCACCAUCACGACCUCAGAGCAACACGACCAAAAUGCCGCCCCUCACACCCACCUCUUCGGCCGCUCCAGCACAACCUGGGCCCCAGGCUCCGGCACCGUCGAACCAAGCCACAUCAACAUGAAAGGCCUAAUGGCCCUCUUCGCCAUCCUCGGCGCGGCCUUCGUCCUCGCAGCAAUCUGGUUCUUCUUCUGGGCCAAAAACGGCGGAUUCAUCUGGCGUAAAGGCGACUGGGAAGAAUACAAAUCGACCGUUCUCCGCCGCAAAGGCCCCGAUGGGCGCACCUUAUCCAACGCCACGAAAAGCACCAAACUCGGCGGCGGCAGCGUCUACCACAAAGGCUACAGCGACGACGGCUACACCUACACCGACGAAACCGCCACCAACCUGACCGAAAAGACUGGCGUAACGGGGGCCACCUCCGCCGAGAAAGAACGCAAACGGCGGCGCAAGCUCCGCGAGAAAUUCCGUCGUCGACGCAAGGACGACGAAAUGACCGCGAACUGGGAAAACGAAGUCGACGAGGACGUUGCCGCGUACCGAAAGGAAAAAGCCGCCCGUGUCGGGGGCAUUAAUCGCGAAGGAGAGGGAACCUACUACGGCAGUGACUAUGACCUUUCCAACCCAGCAAGUCAUUACAACCAGAGCGAAAUCAGCGGAAGUCAGGUCCGUGACUACGCUUACGAUCCGGCCCCUGCCCCCGCCAAAGCGCCAUCCCGGAAACAGAGCAGACGACGUGACUUCUCCUUCGUACCCGGUAGCGAGGACACCCUUAGCCAGGCACCGACCCGCGACGACCACCACGACCGCCGUCACAGCCGCGAACCCUCGGCGAGAAGACAUAACCGUCGGCGUGAACGACGCAGGAAUCCCCCGCCGAGUGAGUCGUCCGGAUCACGGACUAGUAGUCCCCGCAAGCGGGAGAGACAGUCCGUGCGGGGCCACUACACGGAACCGUUGGAUUUCUCGUCAUCGGCGCCGUCGAGAUCCGAGUAUCAGUAUUCGAAUGUGGAUACGGAGGAUACGGGGACUAGGAGUUAUCAUCACCCGAUUCCGGGGUUGAGUAAGGGCUAUAGAAGGGAGGGAGGGCGUGGGAGGAGAAGGGAUAGUUUGAGUGAGAGUGAUUGAUUUGUUGGUUGAUUACUGCUUGCUUGGCUUGCUUGGUGAAUGGAUGGAUGCAUUGGGUUAUUCGGAACGUAAAUGAUCUGAUAUGAAAUUAUUAUGGAUAUGGAUAUGGUUUGCUAUGAUAUGAUAUGAUAUGCAAUGGAUGUACAUAAUGCAGUGUGCUUUGGUAUUUUUCUUGUUCUAUUUGUUGUUUCUACUUUAAGGGUGAAUAUGGCAGGGAAACGAUCUAUGAUGAUACUAUGGGAUGGAAUUUUUGAUCAUGGCAGUUGAUUGCAGUGGAAUUGACUAUAUGAUGUUACACAAGAUCUCUGGUCCUUUUGAUCUUACUUGUGCCAUCUACCUGGUCUUGUAAGGGCACUGUUAUCCUCUAGACUAGCG